UCAGAAUCAGUUAUAGGUGACCAGCCAACAGGCCCUUAAGCUUGUGAUAAAAUUCACAAACCCCUGAUCUAAAACCCUAACAAUCAAAAAUGAGACGAACUCUGCUAAAAAAUGUUUCUCUGCUUACGCGAAACCUUCUGCACAAUCCAAACCCUAAUCCAUCACUCAUUCCACUCGCUGCUUCGACUCGGUCUCCGCUCAGACUCUACUCGUCCGACUCAAACGACUCCUCUAAUGACCAAGACCUCCCUGCCCCUGCUGCUGAAUCCACAUUGGCAGCUCAAACCCAGGAGAAGGACGUGUCUCUCGAUGUUCAGGAUGUGGGUAAUAAAGAGCUGAAAAUGCGGAUAGAGAAGUAUUUUAAAGGCGAUGAAGAAGCGUUGCCAGAUAUUCUUGAAGCAAUCUUGCGGAGGAAGUUGACAGGGAAGCAUGAGGAGACUGAUGAUGAGUUGGUAGAAGAACUGCGGAUGAAGCCACUGGACGAUGUCAAGGAGCAAGAGGUUGAGUCGGAUUUUGAGGAGUUGUAUAAGACUGAUGAGGAGAUUGAACAUUUGUAUGAUGCAGAGGAAUAUGUUAUGAAGAAGAUGGUGAAGGAUGAAUACUUCUACAUGGAUGACAAGAAGUGGGAUGAGAUGAUUAGCGAAGGUGUUCAGCAUGGGUAUUUGAAAGACACAAGAGAAUGUGAGGAAAUUCUUGAGGAUAUGCUUAGCNAAAAUAUCUAA